AUGGAAGGUAGUUCUCCUAAAUCUACAAAUGGUUCUUCAAUUGAUAUUGAAACUACAAAUAGCUUAGGCUUGAAAUUAAUACCUUUUCAUACAGAAAUAUUUUUAAUUAAGCCAAAUGAUGAACAUGAUCUUCAAUCUUCAGAAAUUGAGCCAAGAUCUUCAACCUUCAGAAAUUGA